GGGCCCAAAGGUCCACUUGUCGUCUGUGUCGGCAGCCACAUCAGGAAUCCACCUACGUAUGAGGAAGUAAUUCUAAAGUAACGCUGUCGUCGUAUCUCUAAAUGGUCUAGCCAUACCUCUCCAGAGAACUAUAAAGAGCAUAGAGGUUCCCAAAUUAAACAACAUCAAUCCAUCCAUCAAACACUUCUCAAUCACAUCAACAAGCACUUCAACUCAACAACACUCUUCAGCUCUCAAGCUUCAAACACCAAACUCAAAACUUCAAUCAAAAUGCGUGCCUCAUUCACCGCCAUUGUCACCGGCCUCAUGGCCUUCAACGUUGCCGCUCUUCCAGGUGUAAGUUCCUAGUCACAGAACCUCCUAAACCCCAUUGCAAUAUACUAACAACUAAUUAGGGAUCCCCAACCUGGGGCAACGGCGCACCCUGCGCCGGUAGCAAAUACACAUGUGCAUCCAACUCAAUCCUCUCCGUGCUCACCUGCACCAACAUCUUGAACAAUGUCGGCAUCAGCAUUCCAAUUAUCCUCAAAGAGCGCGACGUCGAGGAACGAGCUAUCGAAGCUAGAACCUACAGCCAGGAUGGAGAUUACUGCUGCACUUCCUCUGGAUUGCUCACACUCAGCUGUCUCAAUGUGCUUAACAAUGAUGUAAUUACUUUGCCUAUCAUUGUUUAAGUGAAGAUUGUGGCAUUUGAUGGAUUGGGGAUGUGAGAAGGAUGUGGAAGAGGUUUUGGGGGGAUUGGUGGUUUGGUGAUUGAUGAGAUGGUGACGUGAUUGGUGUUUCUGGGGGUGCCUUUUUCUACUCACAUAUACGACGUUGAAGGAGAUGGGGUGCUCCAGGCGGACAUGGAUUUGCAUAGCAAUCCUUUAGAUGCAAAUCUAUAUAAUAUACUACCGUUUGAGUAACUUUACUUUAUGAUGUUUGUUGUGCAACUGUUU